AUGGAAUUUGUGACUGCUUUGGUGUUUAUUUUCAUAGCUUGUGCUUGUGGUAUAGUUUGGGCUAUCUUUAAUUGGAUGGCAGUUCACAAAAUAGAGAUUCAUCACAAACAUGAGGGAUUGACAGAGCUUUUGUAAGGAGCAGAAUAGGAGAAAAUAGAGACACUAUUGGAGAUAGGAGAACAUAUAUAAGAUGGAGCUCAAGCCUUUUUAAGAGAGGAAUACACAGAUUGCAGUGUAUUUUUAGCAAUCAUGGCUGUUUUAUUAAUAUUUAUUUCUCCAUGGUCUUCACUGGCAUUUGUAUUGGGAGCAGCAACUUCAAUGCUUUGCGGUUAUUUGGGUAUGGCUAUAGCAACAGCAGCAAAUUACAGAACAGCAUUUUCAGCAAUUACAUCAUUAGCAAAUGCAUUUUAAAUGGCCUAUAGAGGUGGUUGUGUAAUGGGAUUUUUAUUGGUUUCAAUCUCACUCUCAAUUUUAACAUUAAUAAUAAUAAUCUAUAAUGCAAUAAUAGUAAAGAGUGAUGAGAACAAUUUUGAAGAUUUGGUCACAAUGUUCGAUUACGUAGCAGCCUAUGGUUUAGGAGGAUCAACAUUUGCAUUAUUCGGCAGAGUUGGUGGAGGUAUAUACACAAAGGCAGCAGAUGUGGGAGCAGAUCUAGUAGGAAAAGUAGAGAAGAACUUACCAGAAGACAGUCCUAAAAAUCCAGCAACAAUAGCAGACAACGUAGGUGAUAAUGUAGGUGAUAUUGCUGGUAUGGGAGCUGAUUUAUUUGGUUCUUUUGCAGAAUCUACAUGUGCAGCAUUGGUUGUUUCAUCUACAUAAUUGAGAGUGCUAUCAGAAGAUACUUAUGUGAUUGAAAUCGGUUAACUAAUGUAUCCAUUGAUGGUUUCAGCAUUUGGAAUUGGAAUUUGUAUUUUGGUAUCAGCUUAUGCUGUUUAUAUUUCAAAAGUAAACCACAUAAAUAAGAUUGAAUCCACUUUGAAAUUCCAAUUGUUGUUAUCGACAGUUGCUUUGUCUCCAAUUAUCAUCGGUAUUGCAUAUUGGUGUUUACCUGCUGAUUAUGUUAUGAUGGCUGCAGAUGGCUCUAUUUAAUUGGCAGAUCUUAAACCAUGGCAUGCUUUCUUGUGCUCCUUAAUGGGAUUAUGGUCAGGAUUAUUGAUUGGAUAUUUCACAGAAUACAUGACAUCUCAUUCUUAUACUCCAGUCAGAGAAGUCGCCAAGUCUUGUGGAACUGGUGCAGCUACCAAUAUCAUUUAUGGUUUGGCUUUGGGAUAUUUAUCAACCAUUGUUCCCAUUGUUGCAAUUGCAAUAACAGCCUUAAUGUCAAUGAAGAUGCUUUCAUUUUAUGGAGUUGCUUUGGCUGCUCUAGGAAUGCUUUCAAAUCUUACCAUCGGAUUAGCAAUUGAUGCCUAUGGACCUAUUUCUGAUAAUGCAGGUGGUAUUGCAGAAAUGAGUGAAUUGGGUGAAAAUGUAAGAGAAUCCACAGAUGCUUUGGAUGCAGCUGGUAAUACAACUGCCGCCAUUGGAAAAGGAUUUGCAAUUGGAUCUGCUGCUUUAGUCUCAUUAUCACUUUAUGGCGGAUAUUUAACAAGAAUAUAGACUUACAAGGUUGGUGCCAAAAUUGACGAUCCCAUUAUAUUUGCUAUGUUAUUGGUUGGUGCAAUGUUGCCUUACGCUUUCUCUGCAUUCACUAUGAAAUCAGUUGGAAAAGCUGCUCUUCAAAUGGUCGAAGAAGUUCGUAGAUAAUUACAUGAACAUCCAGGUAUCUAUGCAGGAACAGAAGAACCAGAUUUCAGAGCAUGUAUUGCUAUUUCAACAAAGGCUUCAUUAAAGGAGAUGAUUCCUCCUGGUUUAUUGGUCAUUGUAACUCCAACUGCAGUCGGAUUGUUCUUUGGACCAUAUGCUGUGGCUGGUCUAUUGCCAGGUGCAUUAGUUAGUGGUGUCUAAAUGGCUAUUUCUGCAUCUAAUACAGGAGGAGCGUGGGAUAAUGCUAAGAAAUACAUUGAGGCUGGAUUUUAUAGAAAUGAGGCUGGAGAAGUGAAGAAGAAGGGAUCAGAUGAACACAAGGCUGCUGUUAUUGGUGAUACUGUUGGUGAUCCUCUUAAAGAUACUUCAGGACCAUCUUUAAAUAUCCUGAUUAAAUUGAUGGCUAUUUUAUCAUUGGUCUUGGCUGGAGCUUUUUGUAGAACUGGAUGGUUGUAUAAACCAGAGUGAUUUUAUUAUGCAAAUGUUAAAUUAAAUUCAUAAUUAUUAUACUUUUUAU